AUGGUGCUGAGUGCACGCCGGGCCGCUCCCGGCGGCGCUGGAAGUCCCAACUCCGGCGGCUCCCGGGGCCGGGGGCGAGGGUCCUGGGUCCUCCCGCCCUAUCGCCGGCCCCGCUCGGAGCUGCGCUGCUGCGAGACGGAGCGGAGGGCGCGCCCGUGGAGCCAAAAUCCGCCCUCCGUGCCGGCGGCUGCGCUGGCCGCCGCUCUCCUUCCCCGGCUCGGGACCCGAGCCUCCGGCGCCGCGGUGGCCGGGCCCGGGGCCGUGGCCGCGCGCGUCCCGCCCGCCGCCUCUGCGCCGCCAGGCGAGCCAGCCCCCGGGCGGCGGCGCGCCGAUGGCCGAGCCCGCGCCGGCUGCAAGCGGGGCUCCUGCUCCCCGACUGACUGGCGGUGCCCCGCAGAGGGCGUGAGCGCCCGGCCCCGCCGGCCCGCGCCUGGUGCUCGGCAGCCGCGGCGCCUCGGGGGGAGCCGGGCGGGGGGUGGCCGCGGGGGCGGCGUCACCGCGCGGAGAGCGGCGGCCGGGCGGUGCCACCCGCUCCCUCCCGCUCCCCUCCCGCCCCGCCGCAGCUUUGGUUUCGCGGCCGGCUUCCGGGAGAGUGACCGCGCAGGGGCCGCGCCAGGACCAGAAGUUUGUCCCGGGUCACGGGCCGCCGGGAGUUGGCGAGCGCGGCGGGCGGGACAGCGGCCUGCGGCCCCGCGGGCGGGCGGGCGAGGCGGCUCCGAUCCAGGCGCCGGACGGCAGUGUCGGCGGGCAGGGCCGGAGGCACCGGGAGUCGCGGGGCCCGCGCUCCCCGGCGGCUGCGGUCCAGGCGAGCCGGCAGAUCCCGGGGCUGCGAGGGUCUGCGGCUUCUCCGCGCCGCGGGCGCCGCGAAGUUGGCGGGCGCCCGGGCAGUUAGCUGCGGCCGCGGGCACCGAGACCCCGCAGCGCACCGGCAGCCCCGCGGGACACCCACGCUCCUGCCCCCGGAACCUCGCACCCUCUGAGCAGGACACGCUCGGCCGCUUCAUUGCGUCCCAGCCGUCCCGGGUGGGCCCGAGCGAGCCGCGGGCCAUGCACGGAAGGCGGCGGUCACACGGACCUACGUAUCCUGUGAUUUCUGUGUCUGGUGCAAAGUGUUGGGAAACGCGGGAGGAGGCGUGGGUAACUGGCCAAAGCAGCACUGAGCCCAAAUGGAAGGCCUCUCUUCAAAAGGAAUGGAUUGGACUUCCUCUAAGGAAAGGAUGCUGUAGGAGUCCUUCCAAUGGGACAUUUCUUGUCACUUUUUUUUUUUUUUUUUUUCAGCAGAGAGGUUUUUUUAAAUUUUAAUCCAACCACAUGACACUCCUGUCUCUCUGGGGACAACGGUGACAUUUGCAGAAUGGCUGGUCACAGGGGUGCUGUCAAGCCAGCCCCCAUCAUAUGUCUAAAUAUUUCGAAGUUAUUCAUCAAGCUGGCAAACUAUUAUAUAAUAUGUUAUAUCUUCCUACCUUGACAAAGAUAACAAUACUGAAAGAUAAGAAAGCCUAUAGUUUUCAUAUGAUGAAAGUCAGCAAAAUAUCAAAGACAACUGAAUAUAUCAUUGUGCAUAUCUUAAUUUUCUGUUGAUAGUCUGGCUGUA